AUGGAUAAGUCAUGGAUGCACUCGGAUAGAAUAUCGAAGGCAUAUGAGUUAGGGGUGGAAGAAUUUUUGAACUUUUCUGUAGAAAAUCUUCUAACUACAACACAUAUCCAUUGUCCAUGUGUUAAAUGUGUUAAUUUGAAAUUGUUUGGGGUUGGAAUUAUAAGGGAUCACUUAUACAUUAAUGGAGUUGACCAAAGCUAUAAGAAUUGGACAUUUCACGGAGAACCUUGGGAAGCAACUACUAAUGCUAGUAGAAAUGUUGAAGAAGAUGAUAACCAUAGUAGGUACAGUUUUGUGUAUGAAGAAAUGGAGAUGGAUGAUAAUGAUUUGGGUGAUUUUGGAUCCGAUCCUUAUGAGUUUGCCAAUGUGAUUGGGGAUGGAGAUCAACCAUUGUACCCUGGUUGUAGAAAGUACAUGAAGUUAUCAGCAUUAGUAAAGUUGUAUAAUUUGAAGGCAAAACAUGGGAUGAGUGAUGUCUAUUUUACAGAAUUAUUGAUACUUCAAGACGAUUUGCUUCCAUAA